AUGCGAUCAUCAUCGUGUGCGCUGCACACACUGGCAAAGUCUGUUGUGCUCUUUGUUGUGUGCCUUCUUUUCGUUGAGGGAACGCCGACCACAUUCGCUGCUGCUCCGGACGACAAGCGGUUCCGCAUCCAUGGGCCGUCGUACGCUUACCUGGACUGUUCCGCCUGCGUCGCCUUCGCCGAGUACUUGGGUCGCCGCAUGAACGCCUCCCUCGAGUACGACGGUAGAGGUGGUGCCAGUUUCCUUGCCACACAUCGCCUCAGCGAGGGGAAUAAGCUCAAACGGCGUGAGUAUGCGACAAGUGAGUUGCGUGCAGUGGAGGUAUUGGAAAAAAUUUGCAACGAUGCUCUUGAGGAGAACUACGUGCUUCGACUCGAUACAGACAAUCGCAUCCGCGUGUAUGAGUCGGAGAAGUCUGUUUUGCCGUUUGCGCAGUUCUACAGCACACAGGACUCUCAGGCGUUGAAGAGCACAUCCAAGACGGCAGUGCGCGCUUUCUGUACACGCGUGAUGGGCGAAGAGGAGGACGCAAUGAUGAACCUGGUGCGUGAGGUGCGGCAGUUGAAUGAACUGGAGUGGCGGUUGUGCGGUGGGACCGUGAACAACACGUCGCCGCCGCCGCCGUCGCUGCCGGAGCCCGUCACCGCUGUGUGUGUCGGCACUGAGGCAAGCCUCCAGGCGGAACUCCGCCGUAUUCAGCGAUACGAGAAGUGGCAGGAGGGUUUCACCAAGCGGCGGGAGAAGGCAAUCGAGGAGCAGGGCGGGGGCAGCGGGGAGCCAAUAGAGCUUCAGCCGGUGGAGCACAAGGAGGGCGAGACGCCGAAUUUUUUUUCGUUUCCUGGCUUGGAUGGAGUAGCCUCGGGCGGUGCUGACGACGAGGAGAAGGACGAAGCAGCACCGGAGGACCUCUAG